AUGCCUCACUCGUCGCAAGCUCCGCUCAUCUCGGACCGGCAGGACCGGGAGCGGGACGACAGACGAGAUGACGACGAUGAAGAGCUACUCCGCCGGGACGACUACUACGAUGAUGGCGAUGCCGACGCUGACGCCGACGCCGACGAGCAUACUCUCCCCCCGCCCAUCAAGACCACAGGCGUGCAGGCCAGCCUGUUCAUCUGGCUGCUAACGUUUGCCGCCGGCAUCAGCGGCCUGCUUUUUGGCUGCGUGAUCUCAGCAACCCUCGUCUCCAUCGACAACUCCCUCUCGAACCGCGAGCUCACAUCCUUCGACAAAUCCAUCAUCACGUCAAGCACGGCCCUAUUCGCCCUUAUCGUCUCCCCUUUCUCCUCCGUUGUGGCCGACGCCCUCGGUCGCCGCCGCGUCAUUCUCCUCGCCGAUUUUCUCUUCGUCCUCGGCGCCCUCCUCCAAGCUGGCGCUCACACUGUCACCUUCAUGGUCUUUGGCCGCGCCGUUGUUGGUGCGGCGGUCGGCGCGGCGAGCUUCGUCGUGCCGCUUUACAUUGCCGAGAUCGCCCCUGCCACCCACCGCGGCCGCCUCGUCACGACCAACGUCCUCUUCAUCACCCUUGGCCAGGUUGUCGCCUACAUCGUCGGAUGGGGUUUCUCCGUCUACGGCGAUAAAAAUACUGCCUGGCGCUGGAUGGUCGGACUCGGUGCUGUGCCUGCGGCGGUGCAGAUGGCUGUUGUCAUGUACAUGCCCGAGACGCCACGCUGGCUCGUCAUGGUCGGGCGUUCGGCGCUCGCGAAGCGUGUUGUGCACCGGGUUGCCGGUGGUCGACCCUCUGCCAUGCGUGACGCAGAGGCCGUGGUUCAAGAAAUCGAGAUUGAGAUCCGUUCUGAGCGGGAGGUCAUGCGCCGGGAGGGCUCACCGCGUCUCGAGUGGUGGGGUGGAUGGCAAGAGCUGCUGACCGUCGGACGUAACAUGCGGACACUUGACCAUUGCUUGACUGCUGCAGGCCCUGCAGCAACUAUUGGCAGACGUCGCAUCAUGCUCUACUCGCUGCCGUUCAUGAUUGCGGGUCUGCUGCUCGCGGCGUACGGCUUCUCGUUCCUCGACCUGGCUCCGUCGACGUCGACAUCGACCGCGGGCGAUGCACGCCCACCGGAUGCCGGCGACCCCGGCAGCACUCCUUCGGUACCCGGCGGAGGUGAGGACGAGGGCGCCUCAACGUCUCACGGUGCCGCUCUCAUGAUCCUCGUCAGCAUCAUGAUCUAUGUAGCCGCCUACGCCAUCGGCCUCGGCAACGUGCCCUGGAUGCAGAGCGAGCUCUUUCCGCUGGCCGUGCGGUCCAUUGGCAGCGGUGUCGCGACGUCCACCAACUGGGCGGCCAAUUUCGUCGUCGGCUUGACAUUUCUGCCGCUCAUGGACACUUUGACGCCGCCAUGGACUUUCACGCUCUACGCCCUACUCUGCACCGUAGGCUAUGCCCUUGUCUGGCGUAUAUACCCUGAGACGGCAGGGUUGAGUCUUGAAGAGGCGACGGGGUUGUUGGAUAAUGGAUGGGGAGUACGCAGGUGA